UCGGCUUAUUAUAUUUGUCACACACACCCCGCCGGUCCCACGCCUGUGUCUCUGCUGGUAUAUGAUCGGCCGUGUGUUCGGUUACGUGUCUCAGAGGGUGCCGAGCUUGUUGUACCGGGUGUCGCUGACGAUGAAGCCGCAGGUUGUGUUCGUGCUGGGCGGGCCUGGAGCCGGUAAAGGGACCCAGUGCUCCAGAAUCGUGGAGAACUACAACUACACCCAUCUGUCAGCUGGAGACUUGCUGAGGGCGGAGCGAGCCAGAGAGGAGUCUGAGUUUGGACAGCUCAUUGCCAACUACAUCAAAGAGGGAAAAAUUGUCCCUGUGGAGAUCACUAUCAAUUUACUCAGGAAGGCGAUGGAAGAAACCAUGCAGCAAGAUGAGAAAAAGUUCCGCUUCCUCAUAGACGGUUUUCCCCGCAACGAGGACAACCUGGAGGGCUGGAACACCGUCAUGGAUGGCAAAGCAGAUGUCAAGUUUGUGCUUUUCUUUGACUGCAGUAAUGAGGUUUGCAUCGACAGAUGUCUAGAAAGAGGGAAGGUCAGCGGACGCACGGAUGAUAACAGAGAAAGUUUGGAGAAAAGAAUCCAAACCUACCUGCAGUCUACACGACCAAUCAUUGCACUGUAUGAGAAACUCGGCAAGGUGCGCACUGUGGACGCCUCUCGCUCUGUGGAUGAGGUGUUCGGUGAUGUGAAAGCCAUCCUGGACAAAGAGGGUUGAAGGUCUCCAGCUGCCAAUAACAUUUACAUUUUUAGUUUUUCUUUUUAUCAACUGCAAGUCCUCUAUGAUAAGUUUAUAUGUCCAUUCAUAUAACUUUUUACUUUUGAUUACUGUUUUGUUUUACUUUUUUUCCACCUACUUUGUAAAUGCUGCACUUUUUGUUUCUGUGUGUUUGUGUGUGUGUGGUCUGUGUCAGUAUGAAUGAGAAGUAGAGAUGCCUAAGCUUCUACUUGAGAACAGAUAGUUGCUGUAUUUCAUCAUAGUCUGAGGCCUUCACAUUGAAACAAAUGGAUCAUUAACUUAGAGCAACUUUUUUUUUGUCAAUCAAAGGCACUUCUUAAAUGUCAUCAGACAAGGAAUAUAUCACUCAUGUCUUCAGAGGAUCAUGUUUUAGAAGCAGCAAAAGCUUCCGACCAAAUAGUUGCUUGACAUGAUGACGACAGACUUGGAUCAAUUUAAGACUGACAAAUCAGAAAAAACCUUUCAAAUGAAAUGUAUAAAACAAGGUGUCUCAUCUUUAAUGGACAGCACUACAGAAACAUGACAUUUUGUGACGUGUGGAGUUAUCAGAUCCAUGUUCAUGUAUUUGACUCUGAAUACCUGGAUGUGCUUCAUAGCUUCAACAUGUUGGAUUAGACUAGAAAACACAUGAAGAUAAAAUAUUUGAUAAAUCUGUUGUACUGUAUCUUGAAGGAGGAGGAAUUAAAAUGCAAAUUAAAGAUUGAUUUUUUUUCC